UGUGUGGCUAAGCUUUCUCCAGAAACAAUUGACGAAAGCAUGGUAUCUGCCGCACAUGCUGUGGGUCCGCACAAGGCAGCGCAAGCCAGGAGGCAAUGCAGGGUGCAAGGCAUCCAACGCCGACCCGGACGCGUCGACGCGUAAAACACCCGUUUGGGCAAAAUUGCGAGCACUGCAAUUGUUCCUUGGGGUGGUUUCCAAGAAUGACAUGCUGCUGUAGGGCGGCGGGGAUGAUUGAUUGGUGGGAACCUUGUUUCGAAGGAUAGAGAUGGCUGCGACACGAGUGAAGAGUCAUUCUGAGACGCAGCUUAGCGAGCAGUGGUGAAGGUAGGGGUGUCAUUGAGGGUGUAUAUAAGACCAGGGAACGAGCAUGGUGAUAAGCAUCACAUCAGGCAUCACAUCCAGCAUCUCAACGCCAAAGAGACAGUCAAGAAGCAACCCUAUAAUCGACUGUAUUCAUAUCCUCGUCCUGGCUGAGCCGUUCACUAUAUACACGAAGCUACACAUUCAAGUCACAAUGUCAUCCACAAGCACACCACACACCAACGCCUCCACAAGCCGCACCUCAACCUCGUCAACACCCACAUAUACCGCGCCCCCAUCCUACGCACCCUCGGACGCCUCCUCUGUCAAGAGCACAACGUCGACAGUGAAGAAACAUCUCGUCGAGGUCUUCACCCGGAAACUGAACGCUCGCAGCACCGCAACACCGACUAGGAAGGGACCAAGUGGGAAGGAUGGGUUGACGACAGAAGAGCGGAAGCUCAGGAACGAGGCUCGGGCGAGCUAUUACUCGACACUCGGAUAGUCUCGAUUGGUAUCGGAAAGAUUUUGUAUGCUUUUGGGUAGUAUAUAGGUCUCGUCUGCGUCCCAG